CUCCGGUCUACGGAGAGCCAGACGAGGGAGGAUGUCGUCGGCCGGCAGCCGGGAAGAGGAGCGGCGGAAACUGGCGGAUAUCAUCAACCACUGGAACGCGAACCGGCUGGACCUGUUCGAAAUCAGCCAGCCCACCGAGGAUCUGGAAUUCCAUGGGGUAAUGAGAUUUUACUUUCAAGAUAAAGCUGCUGGAAACUUUGCAACAAAAUGCAUUCGAGUCUCUAGCACUGCUACAACUCAAGAUGUCAUAGAAACUCUUGCAGAGAAAUUUCGACCUGACAUGAGAAUGCUAUCAUCUCCUAAAUAUUCACUCUAUGAAGUGCAUGUCAGUGGAGAAGAAAGAAGAUUGGAUAUAGAUGAGAAGCCUCUAGUUGUACAAUUAAAUUGGAACAAAGAUGAUCGGGAGGGCAGAUUUGUGCUCAAGAAUGAAAAUGAUGCAAUUCCUCCUAAGAAGACUCAAAGUAAUGGGCCUGAGAAACAAGAAAAAGAAGGUGUGAUCCAGAACUUUAAAAGAACUCUUUCAAAGAAAGAAAAAAAAGAAAAAAAGAAGAGGGAGAAAGAGGCUUUGCGACAAGCAUCUGAUAAAGAUGAUAGGCCUUUGCAUGGAGAUGACAUUGAGAAUUCCCGCUUGGCAGCUGAGGUGUAUAAAGAUAUGCCUGAAACUAGUUUUACUCGCACAAUAUCAAAUCCUGAGGUAGUUAUGAAACGGCGGAGACAGCAGAAACUGGAAAAAAGAAUGCAAGAGUUCAGAAGCUCAGAUGGCCGGCCUGAUUCAGGUGGAACACUGAGGAUUUAUGCAGAUAGUUUGAAACCAAACAUCCCAUACAAGACAAUCUUGCUGUCAACCACAGAUACGGCAGAUUUUGCUGUGGUUGAAGCUUUAGAGAAAUACGGUUUGGAAAAAGAAAACCCUAAGGACUACUGUGUUGCCCGUGUUAUGCUUCCUCCUGGAGGCCAACAUUCAGAUGAAAAAGGUGCUAAAGAAGUGAUUUUGGAUGAUGAUGAAUGCCCCCUACAGAUCUUCAGGGAAUGGCCAAGUGACAAAGGAAUUUUAGUUUUUCAGUUGAAAAGGAGGCCACCUGAUUAUGUCCCAAAGAAACUGAAGAAGCAAAUCGACGGAAAACCACUAAAGGGGAAGGAAAGAGCUGAAGGGUCUGGCUAUGGUUCUUCACUCCCACCUGAAAAACUGCCGUAUUUAGUAGAAUUAAGUCCAGGCAGAAGGAAUCACUUUGCCUACUACAGCUAUCACACUUAUGAAGAUGGUUCUGAUUCCAGAGAUAAACCAAAACUUUACCGUCUACAAUUAAGUAUCACUGAAGUUGGAACAGAAAAAUUUGAUGAGAACUCCAUUCAGUUGUUUGGUCCAGGAAUUCAGCCUCACCAUUGUGACUUAACAAAUAUGGAUGGAGUUGUUACAGUUACUCCUAGAAAUAUUGAUGCGGAGACCUAUGUGGAAGGGCAACGUAUCUCAGAGACAACUAUGUUGCAGAGUGGCAUGAAGGUUCAGUUUGGGACGUCUCAUGUAUUUAAAUUUGUAGGCCCCAGUCAAGAUCAUAUCAUUGCCAAAAGAGCUAUGGAUGGAGGCCUGAUGGUUAAAGGUCCAAGGCAUAAACCUGGAAUUGUCCAGGAGACAACCUUUGAUUUGGAAGGAGAUAUUCAUAGUGGAACAGCAAUACCUACCAGCAAGAGUACCACCAGACUGGACAGCGACAGGAUAUCAUCAACAUCGAGCACAGCAGAACGAGGGAUGGUGAAGCCAAUGAUUAGAGUAGAGCAACAACAGGACUAUAGAAGACAAGACAGCAGAACUCAGGAUGCCCCUGGUCCUGAAUUAAUACUGCCUGCAAGUAUAGAAUUCAGGGAAAGUUCUGAAGAUUCAUUUUUAUCAGCUAUUAUAAAUUAUACGAAUAGUUCUACAGUGCAUUUUAAACUAUCACCUACAUAUGUGUUAUAUAUGGCAUGUCGGUAUGUACUGUCAAAUCAAUACAGACCUGAAAUCAGCCCUACAGAGCGUACCCAUAAAGUCAUUGCCAUAGUUAACAAGAUGGUGAGCAUGAUGGAAGGAGUUAUUCAGGAGGUAGACCAGGUUGAUCAGAAGCAGAAGAAUAUUGCAGGAGCACUUGCCUUUUGGAUGGCAAAUGCAUCAGAAUUACUCAACUUCAUUAAGCAGGACCGUGAUCUCAGCCGAAUCACUCUGGAUGCCCAGGAUAUUUUAGCACACUUGGUUCAAAUGGCAUUCAAAUAUUUGGUUCAUUGUCUUCAAUCAGAACUUAAUAACUACAUGCCAGCCUUUCUGGAUGAUCCUGAAGAAAACAGUCUACAAAGACCUAAAAUAGAUGAUGUUUUGCACACACUCACUGGAGCUAUGUCAUUAUUGCGAAGAUGUAGAGUAAAUGCUGCCCUGACGAUUCAACUCUUCUCUCAACUAUUUCAUUUUAUUAAUAUGUGGCUGUUUAACAGACUUGUUACUGACCCAGAUUCAGGGUUGUGUUCUCAUUACUGGGGAGCCAUUAUCCGUCAGCAGUUGGGGCAUAUCGAGGCAUGGGCAGAAAAACAAGGCCUAGAGCUCGCUGCUGACUGCCAUCUCAGCAGAAUUGUACAGGCAACCACAUUACUUACCAUGGAUAAGUAUUCACCUGAGGAUAUUCCAAAUAUUAACAGUACCUGCUUUAAGCUGAAUUCAUUACAACUUCAAGCCUUAUUACAAAAUUACCACUGUGCACCAGAUGAACCUUUUAUCCCAUCAGAUCUCAUAGAAAAUGUAGUAGCUGUUGCUGAAAAUACAGCUGAUGAAUUAGCACGUAGUGAUGGGAGAGAAGUACAAUUAGAAGAAGAUCCUGAUCUUCAGCUACCUUUUCUUCUGCCAGAAGAUGGCUAUUCUUGUGAUGUUGUCCGAAAUGUUCCAAACGGGUUACAGGAAUUUUUAGAUCCACUGUGUCAGAGAGGGUUCUGUAGAUUAUUGCCUCAUCCACGUUCACCGGGCACUUGGACGAUAUACUUUGAAGGAGCAGAUUAUGAAAGUCAUUUUAUGCGGGAGAACACUGAACUGACACAGCCUCUAAGAAAAGAACCAGAAAUAAUCACUGUGACACUUAAGAAGCAAAAUGGAAUGGGUCUUAGCAUCGUUGCUGCAAAGGGUGCAGGUCAAGAUAAACUUGGAAUUUAUGUGAAGUCUGUUGUAAAAGGAGGUGCUGCAGAUGUGGAUGGACGUUUAGCUGCAGGUGAUCAACUUCUUAGUGUGGAUGGGCGGAGUUUAGUAGGACUAUCUCAAGAAAGGGCAGCAGAGCUCAUGACAAGAACAGGUUCUGUAGUGACAUUAGAAGUUGCAAAACAAGGAGCAAUUUACCACGGCUUGGCUACUCUGCUCAACCAGCCUUCUCCCAUGAUGCAAAGAGUUUCAGAUCGAAGAGGUUCAGGUAAACCCCGACCAAAGAGUGAAGGCUUUGAGUUGUAUAACAAUUCGGCACAGAAUGGAUCGCCUGAGAGUCCUCAGCUGCCUUGGACAGAGUAUAGUGAACCAAAGAAACUCCCAGGAGAUGACAGGCUCAUGAAGAACAGAGCUGAUCACCGGUCCAGCCCUAAUGUAGCAAAUCAGCCUCCUAGUCCUGGAGGGAAAAAUACAUAUGCCACUGGAACAUCAGCUAAAAUAACAUCUGUUUCUACUGGAAAUCUUUGUACAGAGGAGCAAACACCACCACCAAGACCUGAGGCUUAUCCUAUCCCAACUCAGACAUAUACCAGAGAGUACUUUACAUUUCCAGCUUCCAAGUCCCAGGAUCGUAUGGUUCCUGUUCAGAAUCAGUGGACCAAUUAUGAUGAAAAACAACAGAUCCAGACAGAUAAUAAUCAUUCCAGUGUCAUAAUUCAGCGUGUUACUCGUUCCCAAGAAGAAUUGAGAGAUGAUCAAGUUUACCAGACAGAAUGUCAUCGCAAAGAUGCAGACUAUUUAGAUCGAAAGUCUGACAGUGACAUGUGGAUAAAUCAGAGCUCUUCUAUGGAAUCUAGCACAUCUAGCCAAGAAUUCUUGAACCAUUCUUCUAAGUCCAUUACCCCAGCUUCUACUUUAACCAAAAGUGGUCCUGGCCGUUGGAAAACACCAACAGCUCUUCAACCAACUCCAGUGGCUAUUUCCCAACCUAUUCGAACAGAUCUUCCUCCUCCACCCCCACCUCCUCCUGUGCACUAUGCAACUGACUUCGAUGGGGUUCCAUUGGAUUUACCUCUGCCUCCCCCUCCUCCUCUGCAUCAGGUAGGAUCCCAGGCUACUCCAGCAGCAGCUGCAGAACGUAAAAAGAGAGAAGAACACCAGCGGUGGUAUGAAAAGGAAAAAGCUCGUUUAGAAGAAGAGAGAGAGAGGAAGCGACGAGAACAGGAAAGAAAGCUGGGGCAAAUGCGCACUCAGCCCUUGACCCCUAGUCAAGUUACUCCUGGACCUGUGCAGCAGAUAAAGCCAGAAAAGCCAUCCACCUUACAGAGACCCCAAGAAACCGUCAUCCGGGAGCUACAACCCCAACAGCAGCCACGGACAAUUGAACGGAGAGAUUUGCAAUAUAUUACAAUCAGCAAAGAAGAGCUUUCCUCUAGUGAUAGUUUGUCUCCUGACCCAUGGAAACGGGAUGCCAAAGAAAAGCUGGAGAAGCAGCAGCAAAUGCACAUUGUAGACAUGCUAAGCAAAGAGAUUCAGGAUCUUCAAAACAAACCUGAUCGGACAGCAGAAGAAAAUGACCGUUUGCGAAAACUCAUGCUAGAGUGGCAGUUCCAGAAGAGACUCCAAGAAUCAAAGCAGAAGGAUGAAGAUGAUGAGGAUGAGGAAGAUGAUGAUGUAGAUACCAUGUUAAUUAUGCAGCGCCUAGAGGCCGAAAGAAGAACCAGGGUAAAGGGGAAAAAUCCUUUGGGUCAGACUGCUAUGCCAGCAAUCUCUGUUCUAGAUUUGUUACAGGAUGAAGAAAGGAGACGUCAACAACAGUUAGAAGAGAUACGUAAACGAGAAGCAGAAGACAGGGCCAGACAGGAAGAAGAUCGUCGGCGCCAAGAGGAGGAGCGAGCAAAGCGAGAUGCUGAAGAAAAGAGGCGACAGGAGGAAGGGUAUUACAACCGUUUGGAGGCUGAAAGGCGCCGACAGCAUGACGAGGCAGAGCGGAGGCUGCUGGAGCCUGACGAGCCUGGUCUGUACAGACCGCCACUUCCACGGGACUAUGAACUCCCACCCCCACCCCCUUCAUCUAAUGCUCCUCCUCCCCCACCUCAACGAAACACCUCUUACCUCAAAACACAGGUCCUCUCCCCUGACACGGUAUACACUGCCAAGUUUGUUGCAUACAAUGAGGAGGAGGAGGAGGAGGAGGACUCCAGUCUAGCAGGUCAGGAUAAGUACUCCUGCACGAGAAAAUCUUAUGGGGACUUCCCUCCUGCCGCCCUUAAGCCACAGCAGCCCUGCUGUCAGCCUCGCCCAGUCUCCGAUGGCAUCUAUCUUUCCAACUCAUUCCAGCCACCCUCGGUCAAUGCCAACAGUACUGCUUACAAAACAGGCCAGCCCCCUCCCCCACCAAAAAAACCAAGUUUCUACCAUCCCAGCAACUCAAAAGGACCAAACUCUUACACUGGGUCUACUGGAGCAGUUGUUGGUGUCCAUGAGGUUUAUAGAGAUCCAAGAGAGAAAAGAUCUAAAAGCCAAGAUGCAGAUUUACCCGGAGUUUCUGGAGCCCCUGAAAAUUUGACAUUCAAGGAACGUCAGCGUCUCUUUUCUCAGGGCCAAGAUGUAUCCAAUAAAGUAAAGGCUUCUAGGAAAUUAACAGAACUGGAAAAUGAACUGAAUACAAAAUAAGAGGGGGUGGGAGGAAAUAGAGGAGUGGGGGAGGCAGGCACCUUAUUGGAUAUAGCUGGAAUUUGAUUUAUAAGAGUGGAAAGGGAGGAGUCUUAUUUUCUGUAAAUUAAUUUUGUGAUUCCUCUCUUUCUUAAAUUGUUAAUUGAGGUUUAGAGAUUUUGAAGUGCAUGGAAGAUUGAUUAUUUACCAAGAACUCUGUGGUUUAUACUGUAAAAGCACUGUAAAAUUAUAUUUUAAUGAUAUGAAUCACAUGAAGGUAACUUUUUUUUUUUAAGAGGGAAUAAUUCUUCAUCCUGCCCUCUUCUGAAACUGAACAUGUAGCAUACGUCAGAGGUUCUGUUUUUUGGUCUUUUACAACACUGUUUUAGCUGCUGAGCAGAGGGAGAGAGAAAAUAGCUUGAAUUGCCCAAACUAUUCUGUGCACUGUCUGUUGAGGCUUAUACAUUGUUUUACAGGAGAAUUUGUCUCUGAUUUGAUUUUAUAUCAGAAGAGAUAACAUACUAGUAUUUAAUGUAUAUCAUAUGCUAUUUAUGAGCUGCUACCUAGUAUAUUCUCUUGGUUGUGUCUAAAGAAUAUCAACUAGGGCACCCUCAGCCCUUAAUAGUCAUUAUUCUCUAUAGUAAUUUAAAAUAAAUCUAUUUAAAGCAAAGUGAAUGCACACCUGAGAAAUCAUUCCACCUUAUGUCAAAUUCAAGUGACCUCUUAUGGAUACAAAAUGAAGAUAGUUGGAGGUAGUCACUUGGAAUAUAUUUUUUUAAAUGUCAGAGUAGUUUUAGAAUAAGAAGAGAGAGAUGGUAAGUUGCCUUCACUCAAAGCUUAGGACCAAAUUUUUUCAUGUUUUUAAUUGAGUACUCUACAGGAUGUAUAGUAGAUGACAAGCAUCACUGUGCUUCCAGUAGCUAGGAAUAAAUGAGAAGGGAAGAUUAAAGUAUAAAAUUUCAUGCCCCAACUAUUGUUGGAUAAGUAAAAAUUAUGUAAAUGAAAUAGAUUUUGUGUUUCGAAAACCAUCACAUAUCUCACAUAUGAGAAGGAAGUAAUUUUAAGUAAUUUGUUUUCAUGUCUGGCACCUGCAGUGUCCUUUAAUGUACUGUAAUAUCAAAAAUAAGACAGACUAUAGCAGUUCAAGCUAUUUUUUCACACAAUGAUAGCCAUAUUUAAUUUUAAAUUGUUAUUGUAUUUCAUCACUGUCAUUUCUUCAGCUAUGGGUCAUAUAGCUGAUGUUGGGGAUAAGGAGUUUUGUUUUUCAGUGUGUAGUGUUAAAUGAUAUAUAUUGUUGUGAUUCCAAGCAAAUUCUAUGUGACAUAACCCUGAUACGGGUUUUAUAUGAUUUUUCUGUACCAUAUUGUUCUCUUAUAAAUAUAUAUUAAGGGGAAAUGCACACUUUCAUAUUUAAAGAGUAGAGAUUUUCACUGCCUUAAGGAGAGAAAAUCACUUUUAAUGAGUUGUAUGAUACAUGAAAAUGAAUGAAAUAUUUGGGUGUAAAUAUUUUUACAUCUUUCAGUAUCUUAUUUUAAAGUGUGCUUUUGCCAUUUCAACUGUUCAAUAUGAAGUAAGAAAGUAAACCGGUUCAAAGUGUUUAUGAAGGAUUUGCAUGCUUCUCCUGUCAGAAAAUCAGGAAAAGCAAGCCCCUCCCAAAUAUCUUGAGAACACUAGCAGCUUAACAGUGACUAAAAAUUCAGCACUUUUCUUAAGGAACAAUUAAAUGCUAUGGAUGAAUUAACAUAUUUCCUCCCAGUACCUAAAAAAGGUUAGUAAAAACACAACAAAUUCACCAUAUAAAUGUCUGUUUAUACAUACUAUAAUAAUAUUAUAUGUAAGUAUGUACGUAUCUAGAAACCAUGAAUGGUUUAAUCAAAAGUGGAUUUGGCCAUCAUUGGGCAUUCAAAUAAAAUGUGAAUAUAUGUAAAAGUGCUUUUCAUAAUUGUUUAUGCAUUAUUAUGGAAAAAUACAUCAAAACUGCUGUAGUUUCCCAUUUCUACUGUAUUUCACUUGCAAUCUAUUUUUAAUAAACUUUGUAUGUAUUUAA